AUGUCGAGAUCUGGUGUUGCCGUUGCCGAUGAAUCUAUGAAAGCCUUCAAUGACCUAAAAUUGGGUAAGAAGUACAAGUUCGUGUUGUAUGCGCUUAACGACAGCAAGACGGAAAUUAUUGUGAAGGAAACCUCCAAUGCUCAAGAUUAUGACUCAUUUUUGGAGAAGUUGCCCGAGGACGACUGUUUGUACGCCGUCUACGACUUUGAAUACGAAAUCGGUGGCAACGAGGGCAAGAGAUCCAAGAUUAUUUUCUUCACUUGGUCUCCAGAUACCGCUCCUGUGAGAGCCAAGAUGGUUUACGCCUCUUCCAAGGACGCUCUAAGAAGAGCUUUGAAUGGUGUUUCAACAGACGUUCAAGGUACCGAUUUCUCUGAAGUCGCCUACGAAUCCGUCUUAGACAGAGUUAGCAAAGGCGCUGGUUCCCAUUAA